CAGGUGCCAGGGCACCCUGGGGCCUCAGCUGCUAACGCCCUUUCUGAGCAGGACCUGAUCGGCCAGGACCUGAACUCUCGCUACCUGAAUGCCCAGGGUGGCCCCGAGGUGGUGGGGGCAGGGGGCUCGGCCCGGCCCCUGGCCUUCCAGUUCCACCAGCACAACCACCAGCACCAGCACACCCACCAGCACACCCACCAGCACUUCACCCCUUAUCCCCCGGGCCUGCUGCCACCCCACGGCCCCCACAUGUUUGAGAAAUAUCCAGGAAAGAUGGAAGGCCUUUUCCGGCAUAAUCCGUACUCGGCCUUCCCUCCCGCAGUGCCCGGCCUACCUCCGGGCCUCCCGCCGGCUGUCUCCUUUGGCUCCCUGCAGGGGGCCUUCCAGCCCAAGAGCACGAACCCCGAGCUGCCACCACGACUGGGGCCAGUGCCAAGCGGGCUUCCCCAAAAGGGGACACAGAUCCCCGACCAUUUCCGGCCACCUUUGAGGAAACCAGGGAAGUGGUGUGCCAUGCACGUGCGCGUGGCUUACAUGAUCCUGAGACACCAGGAAAAGAUGAAGGGCGACUCCCACAAGCUUGACUUUCGGAACGACCUCCUGCCCUGCCUUCCGGGGCCCUAUGGGGCCCUGCCCCCUGGGCAGGAGCUCUCCCACCCGGCCGCCUCCCUCUUCACUGCGACUGGUGCCGUCCACGCUGCAGCCAACCCUUUCACGGCAGCUCCCGGGGCCCACGGACCCUUUCUGAGCCCCAGCACCCACAUUGAUCCCUUUGGGCGUCCCACAAGCUUCGCCUCCUUGGCUGCCCUCUCCAACGGGGCCUUUGGAGGCCUGGGCAGCCCUACAUUCAACUCCGGCGCCGUGUUUGCCCAGAAAGAAAGCCCAGGGGCCCCACCAGCCUUCGCCUCCCCCCCAGACCCAUGGGGCCGCCUGCACCGCAGUCCUCUGGCCUUUCCUGCCUGGGUCCGGCCCCCUGAGGCUGCCCGGACACCAGGCUCAGACAAGGAGCGGCCUGUGGAGCGGAGGGAGCCCUCUCUCCCCAAGGAGGAGAAAGACAGGGACCUCCCCUUCUCACGGCCCCAGCUCCGCGUUUCUCCCGCUACUCCCAAGGCCCGGGCUGGCGAGGAAGGGCCCCGGCCGGCCAAGGAGUCCGUGCGGGUAAAGGAAGAGCGGAAGGAGGAGGCCGCUGCCGCUGCCGCUGCCGCCGCCGCCGCUGCCGCUGCCGCCGCCGCUGCCGCCGCCGCCGCCGCCACGGCCGGGCCCCAGGGCCUUCACCUGCUGUUCGAGAGGCCGCGGCCGCCCCCCUUUCUGGGCCCCAGCCCCCCCGAGCGCUGCGCUGGCUUCCUGGAGCCCACCUGGUUGGCAGGGCCGCCUCGCCUGGCCAGGCCACCCCGCUUCUAUGAGGCCGGUGAGGAGCUGACGGGCCCCGGGGCCGUGGCGGCUGCCCGCCUCUACGGUCUGGAGCCGGCCCACCCCCUGCUGUACAGCCGCUUGGCGCCCCCGCCGCCGCCGCCGCCACCGCCGCCCACCGCGGCCCCGGGCACCCCUCACCUUCUCAGCAAGACACCCCCAGGAGCCCUUCUGGGCGCACCGCCUCCACUGGUGCCCGCCCCCCGGCCUAGUUCCCCACCGAGGGCCCCUGGCCCAGCCCGGGCUGACAGGUGAGGGGAGGGGAGGGGCGGGGGAGGGGGCAAAGCUCCGUUCCCCCUUUCCUUUUGACAAGGUCCUAGAGCUGAGGUUUCAAGCCAGGGCUGGAGGGCAAAGGUCACGACCUCACCAGCCAUCUCUGAGGUCAUGGAACCUGGGAGCAGAAGCCCCCACCCCCACAAGACCAAGCAUCAGAUGGACCUUGGGGUCACUGGGAGGGCAGAGGUCACAAGCCUCUAGAGAGAGGUGUGUGUGUGUGUGUGUGUGUGUGUGUGUACAUGAGAGGUGAGAGCGGGGGUCAUGUCAGAGGUCAUAGCUCGUGACCUCCUGAGGUACACCACCCCCCCCCCGAGGGCCCCUAGGCCCUUGGCCUGCCUCCCCAAGGGCUCACUAAGCCAGAGGCCAAAGUGCCCCCCUCCCCUCACCUACCACCCAAGUCCUCAUGCCCUCUCAGGGCUGGGGGAGGAGGGGCUAACGGAAGGGGGGUUCCAUGUACAUAUUUAUCUCCCCUUCCACAUAGCCCCCCAGACCUUUUGUACAUUUUUACAGGGGUGCCCCUCCCAAUAAUCCCCCUUCCUGGUUAAUUAAAUCCUCAGACUGGUGCUGUGUUCCUAGCCUCUGGCCUCUCUGUGGGGGGAGGGGGGAUUGUAGAGGGAAGAGCUGGGAGGGGACAGGCCGGAACCCAGGGCUUUUAUCCCUGGGAAUAUGGAGUCAGCAGGAGACAGAGCAACUCGGGAAGGGACCUGGGUACCUAGGCUGGAAAGAAGGGCAGAUGCUUCCUGCUUGGCUGACAGCCCAGGUCCGCCCCCCCCAACUUGUUCCUGUUACCUCUGUGUGCCACCACCCCCAAAAGGCUCAAUCUCUAAGCUUCAGACUCCACCUCUUAGUGGCUCAGUUCUCCCUAUUCCAUUUCCAAGUGCCCCCAGGACUCCUGGGCCCUGCCCUCCAGAACCCUGUUCCCCAGAACCCUGCCCUAGGCUGGGGAGGCGGGCAGAGAAGGUCACCAUGUACCACACACCAAAGAAGGGGGUCGGCCCAGGGGCGGGCCACACAGGCAGCUCCUUCAGCAGCCUCUCGGCGGCAGCCUCAGCCUUCCCAAAGCAGCAGGCACCCCCAGGCUGGGGCCCGACCUAGAAGGCAGGGCUCAGUUUAACAGAAACGUAACGUUGACUUUUUUCCCCGCUGGGGCUUAUUCUGUAACAUGACUUGCGGAUAUUUAUAUAAAAAUGAGUGUUACAAUGAG